AUGCUCUGUAGUACGCUAUAUUUUGCUCGUUUCUUUAGUGGUUAUAAACGACGUCGACGACGUCAAAAGAAAAAUAAUGACUUGGAACACUGCUUUGAGUUGAGCCCAGCAAGUGGAAGAGCUCAUCAACAACUAUUAAGCGAAAAAAGUCAACAAGAAAACCAUGAACUAAGACAAGGCAGCAGCGUCACAAUCAUCAAUUACUUGCAAACAUCAAGCGCCGUUACUGUCACUAGAGUUAAUCGAAUAGAUAAUACAUUUAUUGACAAGACAGACAAUGUAAGAAGCAAGCAAUCAUCUGGAAAAUCCGUCGAUUGUUCACAUUAUUUAAAUUCAUCUGCAUAUGCUCCAGAAAUCGAUCGACAAGAUAAAAUAACAAAGACACUAAUACUAAUUCAAACGCCAAAUCAAAAUUCUGUGCGUAUUCAAUCUGUGUUACAAGAUUCUCCUGAUAUUAUAACCUUUCCAUCUUCUGCAUCAACACCAGCAAAAAAGAAUCGUUUUGCUUUCAUGAAACUUCCUCGACUUAUCAAAUCGUCGGUCGAACCGCAUCAAGCAACAUCAACUAUUGACAGCACAACACAAUUGAACGAAAUCCAGUAUAAUAGUAUCAAUAAUUCAGACGAAAGCAAAAUAAGUGUACAACCUCUAUCGCAUGUUUCUGUUGAUCGAAUAAAACGAUCAUCAUCAGCAGGUGCAGUCAUUCGUACGAUUCAACGUCGUACCAUAGUUUCAUCGCAUGCAAAUCUAAAUCGAAUUAAAGUCACUAACUUCAAAUAA